AUGAGCGUACGGUUAGUAGGGCUGAAGUGGGGCGUCAGACGGAGCAAGGAAAAUGCCAAGAUUUUGCCCACUCUGAAGUCACCCGACAUACGGAGCAAGGAUAAUGCCAAGAUUUUGCCAAUUCUGACGGCACUCGACAAAAUCUCACUCGAGGCCUACCGCCGUUCGGUUCUUGCAUUCUGUCGUACAAAAUACCGCGACAGUGAUCCAGUUUACGAGGACGAGAAUCUCUCUGUCCGACCACGUGUAUCAAGACACCAAGCACAAGCUGAAGAGAUUGACAAAUAUCAACAUGAUCUGGAAACCAAAGAUAACCCUACCGGCUUUGGUGUUUUUUACGACAGGAGUUAG